AUGCCAACAGAAUCGGCUUCUAUGGUUCAGGCGGUAGACCCUAGCGAGCCUCCCCCGAAACGCAAACCAGGUCGACCCAAAGGAAGUGGGAAGAAACAGGCUCCUGAUCCCGCUAUCAUCAGCGAAAAGAUCAAGCGUCCGGUAGGCCGCCCUCGCAAAGAUGGCUUGCCUGCCGGAUCUGUCGGGGCUCGGAAAGCGAAUCAACAACGACGGUCGAGUGCAAAACUGAGUGUAGAUGCACCACAGCUGCCGCCUAGUGUGCCAUUCCCUGGGGCAUAUUAUCCGCAACACCCGGGCAUCCCGCCACCAUGGCAAGGAUUCGCCCCUCAAGCCCCACAAACAUCACCUCCCGUUACGAAUGGUGGAAAUACAGCGACGAACGCCCAUCAACCUUCCAUAGAUCCGAACCUUAACCGUGAUGAAUGGGCAGAACUUGCACGUACAAAGCCUAAUGUGCUUAUGCAGGCCCUGUUGGGAGCUAUAGCUGCACCCAAUCCUAUCGCCAGCGGAGGUCCUACUGUUGAAGAAGCUUUCAAGUCCCACCUUGCUUCACUCAUGCCAUCUCAAAACCAGAACAAAGAUGCACAUCCUAUUCCUUCUCUUUACUCGGUUCUCAGGACUUUGUGGCUUCCUUCCUCGCCAUCUUAUCUGUCAUUGAUUGCGCCUCGGACAACCGCCCGUGGCACGCACUCCGAGCAUCGGUUCUUAUAUUGGGAUCCACUACCUCUCGUUCUCGCUGGCAUUCAUUGCACCGCAUGUGGGAGCACUCUCCAAAACCGAGGUCGGAUCCGAAGCGGCCCAGUUAAGGUUUACGAUCUCGACAAGCCCUUCUUCAUAAUUGGCUGCGAGUACGCGUGCAAAAGUCCAUCGUGUGUCGCUAGCACGUCUCCUGAAGGACGCAAGUUCGCCAGCACGGAUGCGUCUGUUAUGCAGGGACUCCCUGUGAGGCUGAGAGAAGAGUUUCCAGCGCGGUUGUUACAAGGUGACGCCGAUCUGGGUCCUGGAACCAAUGUCUGGAAUUGGCAUGCCGUCGGCGUCUCCAAAACGCUUUGGAACAUGGUUAAAGCCUGUCUUAAAGUGGGAAUGCCGAAGGACAACAUCAUCAGUAUCAUCAACGCCGUUCAGAACCCGCCUGCGGAUGAGAAAAGGGACCAAGAUCAGGAAUACGAUGCUGAUUACGGUGGUGCGGGCGCUGAUAUUUUUCGUCGAGUACUUGAAAGCAAUAACCAACACGAGCAGGACGCUACAGGCGAGUUCAGCGAUGCCUGGAAAGGAGACUCCGGCGUUGCGGAAUCCGGCCCAUCGGUCCAGAGUCAUUCUGUUCCGCCACAAGCACCACCAUCUAUUGGUAGUGUUACACCUGACCAUCCUGUUGCAUCAUCAUCCACAUCUGUGCAACCGCAACCGCAGCCUCAGCCGCAGGCACAGGCACCGCCGCAGGUACAACAGUUUGCUUUUGGACAACCAGGCCCAUAUGUGUCGUAUGCCUAUCCCGGGUAUUCAUAUUACCCCCAACACCCCCAAACUCAAAGCGCUCCACCUCCGCCAACUUCUCAGCCGCACACACCAAGCGAGCCAAAUGGGCUCAAGCGAGCAUAUGGCUACGGAGAGAACACCAGUGAAGUAGCGAUCCUAGAGCCAUCGCAGAAGCGAACUCGACACUGCUGCAAGUGCGGUUCGCAGGAUUGCAAGGGCAAGGGCGGUCGCACGUUUUGUCUAAAUGCGUGCCAGGAUUGCGGGAAGAUAGACUGUAAGGGCCGGAACAGCAGACGUCCGGACAAGGUGUGCUCGGAGGCAUGGAAUUAG